AUGGUGAGAUCAAAAGGCAAAGGUGAUAAACAACUAGGACGAGGAGAGUCCUCCCGGGGGAGGGGACGUGGAAAGAUAAAGCUGAUCCCCCAAGUACGGGAAGCAAUAAGAGCAACAAGGAAGGAGAUCCGGGCUGCUGAUAGAGCUGCUUCCCAUUCAUCGGGAAAUGAGUAUGAGCCUUCCGGGGAGGCAUCCGAUUCUGACUCCGUACCGGAGUAUAUAGAUGACUUCCCGGAGAGGUUUAGACUGACAGAUAAGCCUACUCCUCAGGGAUCUCCUACUGCCCGAGCACCAGUGCAUGUAUCUUCUGAGUCGUCUAAGGGCUCAGCUGCAAGCAGUGACAAAGAAUACUCCACCUCUCCUACAGCUUCACUCUCCGGUGAGGGUCCAGUAGAAAAAGAAAGAGAAGGAGGAGGGGGUGAGCCCCAAGUGGGAGGAGUAGAGAGAACACAGAACCCGGAAGCAUGGCAAGACCGGUUCGUGAGUGAGGUGGCCUACCAUAAGUUCCGAGAAUGGUGGCCUGAGAGGAAAUUAAUCCUUGAGAGAAGUUUUGUUGAUAGAGAUCUCCUGCCUCACAACCCUAAUCCUCCUUCCACCUCAGCAGACAUGCCCCCAGGUCCAUCCACUUCUACAGCUCCAGACAUACCUUCCACCUCUACCUACCCAUUGACUGCCCACCGUCUGAGCCAGGCCCUCGUCAGCAUCAACAAGUGGAUGCAGACAGCUUCUUCUAAGUUGUCUAAGAAGCUCCUAGAGAACCAGAAAUUGAUCACAGAGGCCAUUGAUUCACAUGGGAAAGCACUCAAGGAGCUUGCAAAGGAGGCAAAGAAAAUGAAGAAGACUCGGGCUUCAAAGGAGUCGGUGAAGAGGCUCAGGGUAGAGGUUGACAGGCUGAAGACGGAUCAGCUGCCUUUAGAUUUGAUAUUGCAUGAACCAGCACCAGCAGCCCAGCCCCAGCCAGAGCAAGAGUUAGAGAGGCCUCCCAAGAGGAGGAGGGUGAUUCCCUGUUCAGAUGACGCAAUCAAACAGUUGGAGGACCCGCAGGGAGAUUCCUCCAGCCAGCCCCAGGAGUCAACCCAGGACUCAGUCCAGGUCCAGGCACAGGUCCCAGUAGAGCCACAGGCCACAGGGAGCCAGUCACAGGUUCCCGAGCAGACAGAGGACCCAGGGACCCAGACUCAGGAUCCCAUACGGACGGAGGACCCAUAG